UCCCAGACUGCGAGACAACGUGGACUCGGGACACUCUAGCCAAAAGCUCAUAUUCUGGUCGGGUACAAGUGUGGUUGGUGCACAACAGUAACAUCAGAGUCUCUGCACAGCUAGCGUUGAGCUGUAACGUGUAUUUUAUUAACAACCGGAUUUAGAAAGUAGCUACGUAAGGCUAGCGGGGAGCUUUAAGCAGUGUUAGUAAGCCAGCUAGCGUUGACGUUAGUCAGGUUGUUGCUUGCUGCACUCGGCGUGGUUUGAGAAGUAGUUAGCUUUAGCCUCCACUGCUGUUAGCCAGCGUUUGUUAGCCUUGAAUUGUGGUGCAGACCAGAGUAGGAGGAGGAAAUCUGCUUCAUGACAAUGACUGCAGAGGAACAGACAAGUGAAGGACAACACACCAUCCCAAUGGAGGGGGAGGACAUCACACCAAAGAAAGAUGGGGGUGUUUUAAAGCUGGUGAAAAGGGAAGGCACAGGCACAGAGCUGCCUAUGACCGGUGACAAAGUGUUUGUACAUUAUGUUGGCACACUUCUGGAUGGUACUCAUUUUGACUCGAGCAGAGACAGAGGAGAGAAGUUUUCCUUCGACCUGGGCAAAGGCCAAGUAAUAAAGGCAUGGGACAUCGGCGUAGCCACAAUGAAAGUGGGGGAGUUGUGCCAGCUCAUCUGUAAGCCAGAGUAUGCUUAUGGAUCUGCAGGUAGCCCGCCUAAGAUACCCCCCAAUGCCACUCUUGUUUUUGAGGUGGAACUGUUUGAUUUUCGAGGGGAGGACAUAACUGAGGAUGAGGAUGGAGGAAUCAUCCGUCGUAUUAUCACUAAAGGCCAGGGAUACUCCAAGCCUAAUGAAGGAGCUGCCGUUGAAGUAACUGUGGAGGGCACCUGUGAGGGACGCAUGUUUGACGAGAGAGAACUGAAAUUUGAGAUUGGUGAUGGAGAGAGUCUUGGCCUGCCACCUGGAGUGGAGAAAGCCAUCAUGGCUAUGGAGCAGGGAGAGGAGGCACUCUUCAAUAUCAAGCCUAAAUAUGGCUUUGGGAAUGCAGGAAAUGCAAAGUAUAACAUUCCUGGUGGAGCUGACCUGCAAUACAAGAUCAAGCUGGCAGCUUUUGAGAAGGCCAAGGAAUCGUGGGAGAUGAACACGGUAGAGAAGCUGGAACAGAGUGGUAUUGUCAAAGAGAAGGGAACACAGUAUUUUAAGGAGGGAAAAUACAAGCAGGCAUCAGUUCAGUACAAAAGAAUUGUGUCGUGGUUGGAACAUGAGUCUGGCCUGUCGGAGGAGGACGAGAAGAAAGCAAAAGCUUUGCGGCUGGCUGCACAUCUGAAUUUGGCCAUGUGCUUCCUUAAACUACAGGAGCCAAACCAAGCCCUAGAAAAUUGUGACAAGGCUCUGGAGUUAGACUCAUCCAGCGAGAAGGCUUUGUUCCGAAGGGGAGAGGCGCUGUUUGGUAUGAAGGAGUUUGACAGGGCGAGAGAUGACUUCCAGCGAGUUGUUCAGCUGUAUCCUGCCAACAAGGCUGCCAAGAGCCAGGUGAGUCUUUGUCAGAAACGCAUCAAGGAGCAGCAUGAGAAGGACAAACGCACCUACGCCAACAUGUUCCAGAAAUUCGCAGAGAGGGAUUCAAAGAAAGAAGCUGUGAGGGCGAAGAGUGAGAGCAAGGAGAACGGCGAUGAAGAGAUGGAGGUCGAGAACAGAGAAAAAGAAAUUGCAAGCGAAGCAAAAGCAUAGAUGAAGAUGUGACUGCAUUACGGUUCAUCUGUACUUCAGACUUUUGUAACUUUGUGUUUAAGGUGUGUGCGUGUGUGUGUGUGUACAUGAAAUGUGUGUAUGAGAACGAGCGUGUCAAAUGAGAGCACUGACUUCUGGGCACGUCUUUGCUGGCUUUCUCUUUGUCCGGGCUUUUUGCUGUGGCAGCUAGCCGAGCGGGUGGGGGCUUCCCCAGCUUGAUGGCACCGAGUGGACGUGGUUUUAAUAAAUGAAUCGAGUGCCACAACCCCACCCCUCUCUGAACCCUUUCAACCCACAGCUUUGAACUGUGCAUGUGUUUUCACAGUGUUUGGGGUAGGAAAAAAGUGCAUCCCAAGUGUUAUGUGCAGAAAUUCAAACCCUCACCCGUCAAGGGCUAGACCAUUGCACCACCCCUCCGUCCUUUACCCUUCCUCACAUUUUUGCCAUCCAUCCAACCCUCCUCUCAUGGGCCUACUGAUCAAUUCCUGGAGUUGUGAUGGCUGUGUGCAUAGAUAUGAUGUGUCUGAGUGUUAGAGUGCCUGUAUCCCAAAGUACGUAAUGUAGCAGCACUGUGGAUAGGUGGAGUAAUAAGACGUUUUCUUGGAAUAGCUGUUUGAGUUCGAACUUCUCACUCAGUCUAAAGAUGGAGCUCCCCCAUAGCCCCAAGGGUACAGGACUGUUCACCUUUGCUUUGACUUUGUACUUUUUUUUUUCCAGUGUUGUGCUUGUGAUUUCUGUAUUGUUCUCAAAAUGAUGAAUACAACCAAUUACUUAACUGGAAUAUGUGCUUUUCAAAGCAGCUACAGUAGAAAUGACAUUAAAUAGCUUCUCCUGGACACUCAAGUAAUAAAAAGAUAAGUCUUAGUCUUAACUUACUGUAAAAAGUACAUGUAUGACCGUGUGUAUACAGCUCAGAAGAUUCAGGCUGUUAAAGACUGUAUGAGGAAGAUCUGAGCCCUGUUCAUUUUAGUCAGCAGCACCUGUAGAGAGGAGCAGAAACUGAACUAAAGGAGCAAAUUUAAAACUGGGCUGUGGGCCGCACGUCAAGUUUAUCUGUGUUUGUUGGAAGGGUCCCUGUUUGGUUUGCCCUGACAGAAGGAUAUAAUAAACAAUAGCUACAAUUUGA